CGCCCCUCUGUUCUUGGCUUAAUCGUCGGCGAUGGCUAAUUCCGGCCGCAAAAAAGGCGCUUACGAUGAAAUGUAUGAUAAGAUUCUUGAUCUCCGAGAACUGAUGGAAACCACCAGAAAGAAUAUUCAGAAAUUGCUGGAAGACAUACUUGAGGCGGGAAUGGAAGAUGAUCUGGAAGAGAUAGCUGUAAAUGAGCAUGAGAAAUUUGAAGACUUCCACUAUAGGUUUCGUGUAUUCGAGAGGGAUUGCAUCAAUUUGGUACGUAAUCCGUCGGAGUAUGAUUCGUUUCACAAAAGGUUUCAAGAAUUCGCGCAAGAACUCAAUAAAAUGGACCAGGAGGUCAGCGAAUGUCUUCAACUAUUAGAGGAUAUUGAGGAAGAAGAGGAAGAAGAGGACCGGUCACCGGAUCAUCUCGAAACAGAGGAACUUCAAGUGUCCGGUGAUGCAGCCGGUCACACUAUGUUUGGGAAUCUUGAGGGAAAGAUCUUGUCCCAAUCUGAUAUGCAGGCGAUGGAAAAGUUCUAUGAUAAGAAACUUCGGGAAAAACCUCCAUCACCUUCGAAGUAUCCAACACCGAAGCUGAGUCCUGAGGCGGCAGCGAAGGUGAGUACCGAGGGAAAGAAGAAAAUGGAAGUGUUCAAUCUGUUACCAAUAGGUACCAAUUGGAAUUUGUGUGAUGUCAUAAUGCAUGUGUAUGAAUUUCAACGUACAGAGUCGCAGAAAAUAGAGAUGCACAUUGAUAAGGCAUUCACCCAGAAUCCAUACCAUGGUAUUAGUUCAUCAAAAGGAGAAAGGGUAUUGGAUUGGGGAGCUGUGUCGAAAGCGAAGGAAGUGUUGCAAGAGUCCAAGGCUAAGAUUCAGAGACAUCAGAAUAUGAUUCCAGGAUUGUUUAAGAUCUGGGUUUUACGUGUGGAGAAUCAAAUGUAUAAUCUUGUUCUUUAUCUCCGCUGCAUCAUGUCAGGCUAUGAACCAGCAAUGGCAAAGUUCCAGGAACUAAGAACUUCCCUUGGAAUAUAUAGACAGAGAAAUAUUGGGAGGGUUCCGAUUGUAGCACACAGGAUCCUUAAAUUGCUGGAAAUGCAGGUACCGGAGGAGAAGCAAUCGGAGUUGAACAGAGAUCAGCAAGAAGAAUUGUACAGGGAUUGUGGUUUUGAUCAGGUGAUUGGUUCAAUUCAAAAGAUGAUUUUGCUAUGUAAAUCUCUGCUGGUGGUUUCUGGGGUCGCUUAUCGUGCAAGGAGAAUAAAUGCAAAUGAGCUGGAGAGAAGUGAGCAACUGUUGGGAGAAGCUGAGGAGGAACUGAAGGGAAUGGAGAGGAGGAUUAUGGAAGCAAGGAAGAAUGUUCAGAAAAAGAGGAAGAGGGAGGAUGAAGAUGGUGGGAACAGAAGUGGGACUGCGACUGGGACUGCAACUGCUAGUGGGAGUGGGACUGAAGAUGGUGGGAACGGAAGUGGGAGGACUGCGACUGGGACUGCAACUGCUAGUGGGAGUGGGACUGAAGAUGGUGGGAACGGAAGUGGGAUUGGGAGCUUGAAAAUGUGAGAGAAGGGCAGAGGAAAGAUGAUAUGGAGGGAUUGUUGAUUUACAUGCUGUACUUGGGUGAUAGGUGUGGUGGUGUUGUAGAUUUUUGAGGAAAAAGGUUUUGAGUUUGGUCAUUUUUUGGAUUUGGGUUUGGUCCAAGGUAAAGAGGACCAAGUUUAUAUGUUACCAUGACACUUUACAAUGAUAAUAAAGAGUUCUUGUUUUG